UUUUUCGUUGGUCACACAAUCUCCUCCGCGGGCUCCGGCCAUUCACUCAAGUCGCGUGCCCCGGCAUUGCGGUUUCACCUCAGCUAGAUAAGUGGCCGGCUUUUGCCGAACAUCUCUUGGACGACAAGGUUGAAGAAGAGAAGACGAUGAAGCCCUUCCCGCUGACCCUAGCUCUCCUGUCCCUCUUCCUCGUCGCCUCGUGUCAGGACCUCGCCGUGGCCGCAGAUGGCGGGCAAGAGCAAGAUGCGGGCGGAGAUGUCGGCGCCAGCGCCGGCGCCGCUCCGGUUCCGGACGGCGUGUGCGAGGCCAAGUGCAAGAACCGGUGCUCGCAGAAGGUGGCCGGGCGGUGCAUGGGGCUGUGCACGAUGUGCUGCGGCAAGUGCGCCGGCUGCGUGCCGUCGGGGCCGCUGGCCAGCAAGGACGAGUGCCCCUGCUACCGCGACAUGAAAUCCCCCAAGAGCGGCCGCCCCAAAUGCCCCUAGGAGUCGCUACCACGAUUCGUUUCUUUUAGGUGAAUGAAUGGGAUGGUUGGAGAUUCAGGGGUUCCCCUUGUUUGUGAGCUUGAUUUGUUUGUUCGGCAUAAACAGCGUAGAUCUGGUUUGAGUAGUGAGGAGUGUUUCCAUGUAACGUCUUCUCGCAUCCGGAGCUCUGGACUUUGUACCUUUAUUGUAUGUGUUCUUUGAUGCAGAAUCUGCUCAAGAUUUAGGUCCCGGAAUGUCGUUGGCCUCAUUCGACCCGGGCGGUCGGGCCGGCGACUAUUCAAGCA